CUCGCGCGCUCCUGCUCCGUCGCCACGGUCCUGGGGGCUGCCGGUCCCGAGUACCAUGUGUGACGGCGCCCUGCUGCCUCCUCUGGUUCUGCCCUUGCUGCUUCUCUUGGUUUGCGGACUGGACCCGGGCACAGCUGUCGGUGACGCGGCGGCCGACGUGGAGGUGGUGCUCCCGUGGCGGGUGAGCCCAGACGUGGUGCACCUGCCGCCGCUGCCCGGAGCUCCGGGGCCUAGACGGCGGCGGCGCCCCCGCGCGCCCCCCGCCGCCCCGCGCACCCGGCCAGGAGAGCGCGCCUUGCUGCUGCACCUGCCGGCCUUCGGGCGCGACCUCUACCUGCAGCUGCGCCGUGACCUGCGCUUCCUGUCCCCAGGCUUCGAGGUGGAGGAGGCGGGCACAGCUGGACGACGCGGACGCCCCGCCGAUCUGUGCUUCUACUCGGGACGCGUUCUAGGCCACCCCGACUCCCUCGUCUCGCUCAGCGCUUGCGGCGCCGCCGGCGGCCUGGUGGGCCUCAUCCAGCUGGGGCAGGAGCAGGUGCUAAUUCAGCCCCUCAACAACUCCCAGGGCCCGUUCAGUGGACGGGAGCAUCUGAUCAGGCGCAAAUGGUCCCUGGUACCCAAAACGUCUGCCGAGGCCCAGACACCUGGACAGCUCUGCAAGGUCCUAACAGAAAAGAAGAAGCUGAGGAGAAAGGGCAAGCUGUCACAGGACUGGCGGGAGCGGAGGAAUGCCAUUCAGCUCACCAAUGAGCACACGGUGGAGACCCUGGUGGUGGCUGAUGCAGACAUGGUGCAGUACCAUGGGGCAGAGGCCGCCCAGAGGUUCAUCCUUACUGUCAUGAACAUGGUAUACAAUAUGUUCCAGCAUCAGAGCCUUGGAAUUAAAAUUAACAUUCAGGUUACCAAGCUUGUCCUGCUGCGCCAACGUCCUGCCAAGUUGUCCAUUGGGCACCAUGGUGAGAGGUCCCUGGAGAGCUUCUGCCACUGGCAGAAUGAGGAAUAUGGCGGGGCACGGUACCUUGGAAACAACCAGGUUCCAGGAGGGAAGGACGAUACACCCCCUGUGGAUGCUGCUGUGUUCGUGACCAGGACAGAUUUCUGCGUACACAAAGAUGAGCCAUGCGAUACUGUUGGAAUUGCUUACUUAGGAGGUGUGUGCAGUGCUAAGAGGAAGUGUGUGCUCGCAGAAGACAAUGGUCUCAAUUUGGCCUUUACCAUCGCUCAUGAGCUGGGCCACAACUUGGGGAUGAAUCAUGAUGACGACCACUCGACCUGUGCUGGCAGGUCCCACAUCAUGUCAGGAGAGUGGGUGAAAGGCCGCAAUCCCAGUGACCUCUCUUGGUCUUCCUGCAGUCGAGACGACCUCGAAAACUUCCUCAAAUCAAAAGUCAGCACCUGCUUGCUGGUCACAGACCCCAGGAGCCAGCACACAGUGCGCCUCCCGCACAAGCUGCCAGGCAUGCACUACAGCGCCAACGAGCAAUGCCAGAUCCUAUUCGGCACCAACGCCACCUUCUGCAGAAACAUGGAGCAUCUGAUGUGCGCUGGGCUGUGGUGCCUGGUAGAAGGUGAUACAUCCUGCAAGACCAAGCUGGACCCUCCCUUGGACGGCACUGAGUGUGGAGCAGACAAGUGGUGCCGCGCAGGGGAAUGCGUGAGCAAGACGCCCAUCCCAGAGCACGUGGACGGAGACUGGAGCCUCUGGGGCACCUGGAGCAUGUGCAGCCGAACGUGUGGGACUGGAGCCCGCUUCCGACAGAGGAAAUGUGACAACCCCCCACCUGGGCCGGGAGGCACACACUGUCUCGGUGCCAGUGUGGAGCAUGCAGUCUGUGAGAACCCACCCUGUCCCAAGGGUCUGCCCAGCUUCCGGGACCAGCAGUGCCAGGCGCAUGACCGACUGAGCAGCAAGAAGAAGGGCCUGCUGACAGCAGUGGUGGUUGAUGAUAAGCCAUGUGAACUCUACUGCUCACCCCUGGGGAAGGAGUCUCCGCUGCUGGUGGCUGACAGGGUCCUAGAUGGCACUCCCUGUGGGCCCUACGAGACCGACCUCUGCGUGCACGGCAGGUGCCAGAAAAUUGGCUGCGAUGGCAUUAUCGGGUCUGCAGCCAAGGAAGACCGGUGCGGAGUCUGCAGCGGGGACGGCAAGACCUGCCGCGUGGUAAAGGGCGACUUCAGCCACUCCCGGGGGACGGUGAAGAAUAAUCUUUGUACGAAGGUGUCCACAUGUGUGAUGGCAAAGACUAUUCCGAAGUGUUUCUCAUGUUACAUCGAAGCCACUGUCAUUCCUGCUGGGGCUCGGAGGAUCCGGGUGGUGGAGGAUAAACCCGCUCACAGUUUUCUGGCUCUCAAAGACUCCAGCAAGGGAUCCAUCAACAGUGACUGGAAGAUAGAGCUUCCUGGAGAGUUCCAGAUUGCAGGUACCACCGUCCGCUAUGUGAGAAGGGGCCUGUGGGAGAAGAUUUCUGCCAAGGGACCAACCAAACUCCCCCUGCAUUUGAUGGUAUUGUUGUUUCAUGACCAAAAUUAUGGAAUUCACUACGAAUACACCGUUCCUGUAAACUAUACUGCUGAAAAUCAGAGUGAGCCUGAAAAGCCACAGGACUCUUUGUUUAUCUGGACCCACAGCGGCUGGGAGGGGUGCAGCGUGCAGUGCGGAGGAGGAGAACGCAGAACCAUCGUAUCGUGCACACGGAUUGUUAACAAGACCACAACUCUGGUGAACGACAGUGACUGCCCUCAAGCAAGCCGCCCAGAGCCCCAGGUCCGAAGGUGCAACUCACAUCCCUGCCAGUCACGGUGGGUGGCAGGCCCGUGGAGCACCUGCUCGGCAACCUGUGAGAAGGGCUUCCAGCACCGGGAGGUGACCUGCGUGUACCAACUGCAGAAUGGCACACACAUCGCCACACGGCCCAUCUACUGCCCAGGCCCCCGGCCAGCACCGGUGCAGAGCUGCGAAGGUCAGGACUGCCUGUCCAUCUGGGAGGCGUCUGAGUGGUCACAGUGUUCUGCCAACUGUGGUAAAGGGACACGGAAGCGGACAGUCACAUGCACCAACUCCCAAGGGAAAUGUGAUGCCUCCAUGAGGCCCAGAGCGGAGGAGGCGUGCGAGGACUACUCCGGCUGCUACGAGUGGAAAACCGGGGACUGGUCAAAGUGCUCAUCGACCUGCGGGAAGGGGCUGCAGUCCCGCGUGGUACAGUGCAUGCACAAGGUCACCGGGCGCCAUGGCAGCGAGUGUCCUCCCCUCUCAAAGCCAGCUGCCUACAGACAGUGCUCCCAGGACGUCUGCAACGACAAGAUCAAUGCCAACACCAUCACUUCCCCUCGCCUCGCUGCUCUGACCUACAAAUGUACAGGGGAUCAGUGGACAGUGUACUGCCGGGUCAUCCGGGAAAAGAAUCUCUGCCAGGACAUGCGGUGGUACCAGCGCUGCUGCCAGACCUGCAGGGACUUCUAUGCAAAUAAGAUGCGCCAGCCGCCACCACCAAGCUCAUGAUGCUCAGCCUGGGGGUUGCACAGCACUCAGGUCUGAGGCCUGGCGUUUAGCGCAUGCAAAGCCCACCACCCAACCAAGAGCACACCAGCCCUACGGCUGCUCCCCGGCAAGGCCGCCCCAAGAAUCCAAUCCCAUAGAAUUUGAGCGUGAACUUGAUGUUUGCCAUUUGUGCUUUUGUACUUAAUAUAUUGUUAGCAGCCACUGGAUGGCUUUCUACAGUAGAGAAAAAAUAGGCAUAAGUCACAGAAUAAUAAUAAUUUCUAAGAUUCCGUGUACCUCAAAGGGGAACACCUCUGGCAGACAACUAUCAAAAGAGAGAGACGUGGUUUGGUGCUUCUGUCUUGGCUUUUGACAUUUGAAGUCCCAGUGCUUGAUGUACCAUAGAGGGAAUAUCCUGAAAAAGAGAUGUUUUACGUUAAAAGAGGCUUUAUUCUGAAAGCCACUGCAAAGCCCCAGAUGGAAGACAUGUUGGCGAGCCUCUGAGACCAAUGGCUAUUCUGGAGGGUGCUGGGCUGCAAGGCCACGUUCCUUCUCAUCUACCUGCUCGACCACAAAAGAAUUAUGACAUUGCCCCUCUACCCAUCUCAGAACGUUCUCUGAAUCCUGGGCCUUGCCUUAGAGGUCUUAGCUCUAAGAGUUUGAAUCUGGGUGGGCCAAUGAGGACACCGGAACCAAGUGGUUAGUUCUCCACACCACCCACGUAAGGAGACUAUUCUGGAAGGCUCUGGAUUUGGGGCAAGCAUCUAGUUUUCAGAGUUCUGCUGUCCACCCCACGGGGAAGCAGAAGAGCAUUUCUUCAAGGUGCUGUGGAACGAGACACAUGCUAAUUGUGGUGAUGGGAUUGCUGCCCAACGUAAAAGUGAGCCUGGGACGGCUUUGUGGGGGCAUGUGGGCCUCCCCCUCUGCCUUCCAGGGGCAUCCACUCCAGCCAGCACUUACUGAAGCUUUGCACCUUAGAGAUGCUGAAUCAUCAGUGGCUUUCCACUGACCUUAGCCACUUACCUGCAGUUAGGAUCACAAUGAGGACCUCUGGGGACAUGAGCACAGGCCUGGGGUCUGCAGAGUAAGGCCUGACUUGCUUCAUCCUAGCCACAGGGUAAGUUUCUUCCAGGGCCUCUCAGCCUAGUGUGCCCAGACCAGCAAAGGAUUCCCACCUGGCUGGGACCUUCUGCAUGCCCAGCAAGCCCUCCUGUGGCCUGGGCAUCACAGUACACAUCAUGGUCAUGGCUGUCAUUAUUGACCCAUCUUCUUACUGGGACAAGGAUGAUACCCAGAAAGGCAUGAAGAAUGAAUGAUUGACCCUGACCCUUCACAAUAUAGCUCUGUCCCUCCAGAAACCCAGAACCAUGGCCAGGGUGGCCUCUGAGAACACAAAGGCCCUGGGAAGCUGGCAGGCUGGGAGCAGGGCCCUAGGUGCUGGGAGACCUUUUUUGCUCACCACCUUGGUGUGCAGUUCACAAGUGCUUAUGUUCUAGGACUUUACCAUGAGAAACCCACCUGUUCCUCCCUAAUUCAGACAGACGCUCUCACUUGAUCUAAUUUCCAUGGGAUCAUCUCCAGGUGUCUUUUGACUUAUUGGUGCUGUGUUUAUGUUUUGUUUUGUUUUUUUUUUUAAUGUCACAAUCUUAGGGUUAGCUUAAAUCAGAAAGAAAAAAAAAAACCUUCUCUGCCUUCUCAACCCUGUCUUAUGGGCUAUAAUUUUGGUUUUAACUACCCGGGAGGCAGAGAAGUGGUGGGGAUGGCAGGGAAUUUAUUCAGUUCCACUUGAAUCAACAAGAAGUGCUGAGAAACUUCGUUAGGUGCUCUGUGGAAAGAACUGAGAGAAUGUCAGGAUGGAGUGGCCCACCCUUGUGGAGUACUCCACUAGCAGUUACCCAGGACCUAUGCAAAACACAGUCCUCCCCAGGUCAGGCCUGGCCACUAGCAUGCUCCUUGAAUCCACAAAACCCUCAAAUUCUUGGGGAACUGGGGUUCAGUUUUUCUCCCAGCUCCAAAGGAGCUGUUAAUUCACCAAAAGACAUUAAUUAGCCUUUUGGAGCGAGGGUGCAGAGCUGGAGAGGCCCUGCUGGCUCACCUGCACAGGUCCAGAAUUUGCCCCUGGCCACCCUGGCUGGAUCAACUGGACUCCUCUGGCAAGGGCCUCAUACGCUUGGAAUGAAAAUUAUUGAUUGGCCUAUCAUUAAAUAUCCCAUGGGUUCCCCAAAACCCGUGUCUGAGUUCCUUUACUUUACACUAGCUUUGCCCCUCUGGUAAUCCACCAGCUGCCUUCUGUUCAUGGCACCAGUGAUGAUUCAUUUCGGUGAAAACAUCAUGACAUUCUUGUUCCACUUUUUACAGAGACAUUGAAGCUGUGAUUAGAGCAGUGAUGUUUCUGUGCCGUUAACACCCUGUACUGUCGCUCAAGUACUGUACCUUUGUGGUUGCAUAUGUGUGUUACUAACUAGACUCUCAUGAUCCUAUGGUGCUGUUUUUAUCGGUGCAGAAUAAAACCCUGUCAGUUCAUGGUUUGAUAUGACCAGAACACAGGAAAAGAUCCUCCAUGGCAAUAAUAUAUCAUUGGUUUUUUUUUUUUAUUUGAGUCAAAUGUAUAUAUUAUCCAUUAGUUAACUUACAUUACGUACUGUACCCGUGGUAUUUUUGUCUUACUUUUUGGUGCUGGUUUUGAAAGAAAAGAAAAAAGAAGAACAGAAGACAAACAUUGGAUGCCAUUAUACAUGAAAAUUAAUCACAUC